GCACCGUUCCACGGGGAUUGCGUGUUAUCAGCACUGUUUAUCGUGACCUUAGUGCUCGAUGUGGGAGUUUUCCCCCCUGAGACUUUGACUUUAAGGACAGUCAGUCGCGUCCACUCAGAGGAAGAGUUGCAUCAAAGCGCCACAGACAGCCAGGGACACGCUCGGACUCUGAUUGCAGGUUGCAUGGUAAUCUGGACUUGAUGCAUGGCAGUUGCAUGACCGCACUAGGUCUUGUUUUGGGACUGACUGAGAGCAUACGGCUGCAGCCAUGGCUCAAACCGUGCACGUGAAUGGCAAUGGCUCAGAAAGAGGACAAAGAUGCCCAAGCACAGAAGAUGAGAAGGAUCCCUACUACGUUGAAACUCCGUACGGUUAUCAGCUAGACCUGGACUUCCUCAAAUAUGUCGAUGACAUCGAGAGGGGCAACACCAUCAAGAAGCUGAGUAUCCAGAGAAAGCCCAAAUUGGCCAGACCCUUGGCAGUGCCUCGGGGCAGCACUGGCGGGGGCAGCACUCAGGCUGAAUGGACCUCCACAGACUCCUUGUCCUCCUCCAACAGCGACGACAAGCAGUCCCCCGUCUUCUUCACCUCCAGGCCCCAGGUUUCUGCGCCACGGACCCCCAUUCUACCCAGGGCAACGUGUGAAGUCCCCAUACAACAAUCCUUUUCUAUCAUCCCGGAGCAGAAGCAGCUCCUGCCCCCUCCCUCACCCAGGUUUGCCCCUCGUCACAACCCCCAAGUGGAGAAGACACUCAUGGAGACGCGUCGUCGGCUCGAGGAGGAGCGGUUGUUCAUGCAGCCACACAACGAGCCUCCUCUGCCCCGUCGCCGCCUUGCCAGCUUUGGCGGCAUGGGCUCCAGCAGCUCGCUGUCCUCUUACUCAGGCUCUGUGGCCCAAAGCCAAAUCUCUACCAGCACCCAUCAGCCACUACUCAUCAACGGUCACCUCCCUAAUGGUGAUUACAACCCCUACUACCCACCCUCCAUGGGAAGCUCCAUCCGCCACAGCCCAAUGAGCUCUGGCAUGGCCACGCCUGUAACUAACGUCAGCCCUUUACAACUUCACCAAAUCCGGGAGCAGAUGGUGGUGGCCCUCAAGAAGUUGAAAGAGUUGGAGGAGCAGGUGAAAACCAUUCCUAUCUUACAGGUUAAGAUUGCUGUUCUUCAGGAAGAGAAAAGACAAUUGGUUGCACAAACAAAAAGUCAAGCCCCUGGAGGUUUUCGCAAGCGUUCCUACAGUGUAGGAUGUGUUGACCAAAUGGAGAACCCUGGCCCUAUUCAAAAGGAACCAGAGUUGCACAUAAUGGAGCCCGAAGCCCAGGAAGAGAACACUCAGCGGCUGGAGGAGUUCAGACGUCUGGCUGCUGAGGUCCAAGCCCUGGAUAAGACGACCCAGGACAAUAAUAUAAAUGAAAUUCGGCCUCAAAGCCUCGCACAGAAUCGGGCCCACCAAAAGUCUGUUGGUAUAGUUACUGAUGAAAACAUGAACAACCUUCCUGUCAGCCAGAGAAAGAUGAAAAGUGAACACUGUUUCCGGGAUGUGGGAGUAGUAACGGACAGACGGGAAGUUCAAAGCACUGCUGUUGGUGUGACAGAAGCCAUGCUGGGCAUGACUAGUGAAGCUGAGAAAGAGAUUGACCUCCAGCAGCAGACCAUUGAAGCACUAAAGGAGAAGAUCUACCGCCUUGAGGUACAGGUAAAAGAAACUACCCACCAGAUGGAAAUGGGAAAGCUCAAACUGGAGCUCCAAGCAGCUGGUGGGUCAAGCAAAAAAAAAGCAGACAAAGGUGUAAUGGCUAGGCCAGAGAUGUAUAAUGCCUGUGUCGAGGCCAAAGUCCAGACACGUAGCUGUGGCGUGGGUGACCAUGUAGAGUUCAGCCAUGUUAGCACAGCUAAAACAAUACAAAGCCACACUGUAGGAGUGUCCUGUCAACCAACUGUCACCAGUAUUGCCUCAGGCCCAGAGAUCCCUAUGGAUCGGUGGGUGGUGCAUGAGCGUGUGGACAUGACCGACCGGUGUGUAGGGAGUUGGGUGGAGACGUGCCAUCAGCAGGUUGGCACAGAGCUGAAUGUUUAUGAAGUGGGAGUUAACACAGAGGAAUCAAUGAACAGUUUAGACCUCUGCAAACCCAUGACAGUUGAGUUGAGCAAAGAGUGUAGGUCUGUUGGCUGUGGAGAUUGUUCAAUCAAUGUGAUCAUUAGUCCCAUCAAGAAGAUGGUGUCGCAAGGAACUGACACAGAUUCUGUGAGCAAAGUGAACUCUGGCAUCAUGGCUAUUCCUGAGACGUCAACUCAGCAAACCAAUACUGAGACAGAAGUUGCAAGCAAGUCCACCAACACAAAAACUGCAGUCCUAACGGACUCCUUCACUGACAUGAUGUUGAUCACUUGUGAUAAACACACCAACACAACUGUGACUGAAACUAGAACGGUCGCUGCUGGAGAAGGACUUGUCAAAGACGUUCACUCAACGGCAAAGAUGCGCUCUGUUGCUGUUGGGACCACCACAGAUGUUGAGUCAUUCUUCAACAAAUCAAGCUUACCUAAAACCAAAGAAUGUGGGGUGGGGCCAAUUAGCAUCAAUGAGAACUUCUUGGUUGGCAUAAAAACCAGAAACAUAGCAUGUGGUCCCUCCCACCCGGCAGAAUCUGUCAUAUGCACCAGCAAGGAAACUACGCAUGUUCAAUCAGAGUCUGCACCACUGCAAGCUAAGGACCAGGGUGGUGCUGGACUGGACCAUUACAUAGAGAGGGUGCAGAAGCUGCUACAGGAGCAACAGAUGCUACUGGCAGAGAAUUACAGCGAGCUGGCCGAAGCAUUUGGUCAGCCCCAGUCUCAAUUUGGAUCCAUCAACAGUGAGCUGGUCAACACUCUGUCAUCCAUUAACACUGUCAUGAAGUAUGGAAGUGCGGAGGACAUCCUCAAACUGCAGUCAGACUCUGUGGGGUUAGAUAAAGAGCUCAGUCAGCAGCUGUGCUCCCAGACUCUCUCUGUUAAGACGGAGCGGUCACAGACAGCGAAGACGUCCUCAAGCCUGACUCUAGUGGUAAAACCUGCCAGCACAUCUGCACAGCAACAGCAGCUCAGUGCGGCCGAGCAGAAGAGCCGAAUGGACCUGCAGAUGUCUACAGCGCUACACGGACAGCCAUGCAGUCAGAGCACCCUGAAAUCCAUCAUGAAGAAGAAAGAUGGCCGACCGGACUCAAAUGGCACCAAGAAGAACCUGCAGUUUGUGGGGGUGAAUGGGGGGUAUGAGACUACUUCAAGUGACGACUCCAGCUCAGACGACAGCUCCUCUGGGUCAGAGGACGAAGACGAAGACGAUGACGAUGAGGAUGAGGAGAAGGAGUUGGGAGGGCAGAAGGAAUACAGGAAUGUGGAGGGGAAGCACACCAGUGAGGAUUUCCAGCCCGAGGGAGCAGAGGAUGUAGAUAAGAAGGAUGAAGAGGAGAGUUCAGAGAAGCAGGAAACAAGAGACAGGUUUGAGCUGAGUGAGAAGAUGCUGGCUGCAUGCAACAUUCUCAAAACUCACCUCAGUGACCCAAAGGCUGUGAGCAGUAAAGAUCUGAGAUCCUGUCUGAACACGGCGCAGCACGAGUGGUUCCGUGUGUCCAGUCAGAAGGCGGCGGUGGCGGCCAUGCUGGAGGACUAUCUCAUGGCUUUUGGGGCCUUCUCACCGGCCGUGCUGCGCCACAUCGUCAACAUGGCUGACGGCAACGGAAACACGGCGCUGCACUACAGCGUGUCGCACUCCAACUUCCUCGUGGUGAAGAAGCUGCUCGAUGCAGAUGUGUGUAACGUGAACCAGCAGAACAAGGCGGGAUACACGCCCAUCAUGCUCGCAGCGCUGGCAGCCAUGGAGACGCCCAAGGACAUGCGUAUUGUGGAGGAGCUCUUCAGCAAAGGGGACGUCAACGCCCGAGCCAGCCAGGCUGGUCAGACCGGGCUGAUGCUGGCAGUCAGUCACGGCAGGAUGGACAUGGUCCAGGCCUUACUGGCUCACGGGGCUGAUGUCAACAUCCAGGACGACGAGGGCUCCACGGCGCUGAUGUGCGCCAGCGAACACGGCCACGUAGAGAUCGUCAAACUGCUGCUGGCGCAACCCGGCUGCGACGCCACGCUCAGUGACAAUGAUGAGAGUAACGCUCUGUCCAUAGCUCUGGAAGCCGGACAUAAGGACAUAGCUGUGUUACUUUAUGCACAUGUCAACUUCUCCAAAGCCCAGUCACCGGGAACCCCUCGACUUGGCAGAAAGAUGUCACCCAGUCCCACCCGGAGAGGCAUGUUUGAUUAGAUGCUUCACCCCCCCCCCCCCCCCUUCCCAGAAACCCCCUUGCGCUGCUAUCGGUUCACGCUGAAUGAUGCCCUGCCCGCAGCUGGACAAGCACCAAUCAACCAAUGAGAAUCCUGGAAGUGUUUUGUCUGGACUCCAUGAAGAACCCAAAGUGCCCUUUUGAAAAUGAAUGUAACCAGCUGGUGCCUCAGAGUCCCAUCAGAUUCAAAUAAUCUGCAAACCACUGGAGGUCAGACCAACACGAACACAUGCUAAACUACUACAUUAUUAUUACUUCUUUUUUUAUUUUCAUUUUCUCUUUUUUUUUUUAUUUCAAUUCGAUAAUUUUUUUAUUUCUAAAGCUCAGUGUUGAUCAUUCAAGAGCAACAAAACCAUUUGAUUGGUGAUCAUUUUUUUUGUUUUUGUUUUGUUUUUUGAGAGCAUCAGAAUAGCUAGAUGGAUAUUAAUCCACCCACGUGUAAGAGGAACCAUUUCCUGUAUAUAUUGUUCUAUCCCGGGGUCACAUUUUGUGCGCGGAGCUCGGAUUCAUGUAUCCAUCGAUAGACGCGACCUAGACUGGAGAAACUGUACUUUUAUACAAAUCCUUUGUAUCUAUUUAAAGAGAAGAAUCACAGUAUUUUUAAUAUUACCUAUUACUACUUAACGAUCCAUGAAGUUAUAUAUUUAUCAAAGUAUAGUUUUUAAGGGCAGAUAUAUGUGUUUCAUUGUACAUACUGUACGCCGGUCAUCCGUAGUGUUUAGUUAUUCUCCUCACGUUGUCUUCGUGUCCAGUUUGUUUUUCUGUCGCUCGUGUAACGUAAACUGUCCUCCUCUCGUCUUCAUCGAGGUACCGACUUUUAUCGUCAGCUGUGCCUGAGACUUUGCCAUAUAACAUUAAACUUGAUUAAAGAAUAUAAAUCUGC